AUGUUCCUUUCAAGGCCGUGUGUUAUCCGUGGUUUCUCUUCACUUGCCACCACUAGACCAGUAAAUCGGAUUUACUGGCUUGCAUCAGGAGAUAUCUUUCGUAAUCUCGCCUUUGAGGUGUGUUUCUAUGACAAUCGAGCGCGCUAUGCAAUUGAGGAGGGAUCUCAGCACCGACCAGCAGAUAUGAUCUUUUGGAGGUCAGAUCCUUGCGUUGUGAUUGGGCGUAAUCAGAAUGUGUGGUUGGAAACCAGCCCCAGGGAGAUUGAAGGUCGCGGUUGGCGAUUGGCUAGACGUAUGUCUGGUGGUGGGGCCGUCUUUCAUGAUCACGGAAAUCUAAAUAUCAGCUUCCUAGAGGCGAAAAAGUAUUAUGAUCGACAAAAAUGCAUGGAGCUUCUGAGGGAUAACCUAGUGAAAAAUUGGCCAAAAUUGAAUAUCUUUGUUGGUCCGCGGUAUGAUCUUUGGCUACUACCCGAAGGUCUUUCAUCAACUGAUUUGGACCCUUGCAAGAUCCCAGAAGGUGCCAAGAAGAUAUCUGGAUCUGCUUCUCGAUUCUCCUCAAAGAUUGGACUUCAUCAUUGCACACUUCUCUUCAAUGCAAAUAUGACGUCAUUAUCGUCUGUUCUUCAACCCGCUGUGGUAAGAGUUACGAGUCCGGAGAUUGUGUCGCAUGCCUCAAGGAGCGUUAGGAGUGAAGUGGCAAAUAUUGGCGUACCGGAGGAGGAACUUAAGUCCGUACUCUUUAACGCAGGUUUUGAUUGGCUGAAAAUGUAUACACCGGAUAGUCUGGUCGAAUUGGUAACCGUGAAUCCCGGAGAGGAAGGAAAGUGGGUCAACCCUGAGGCUUUUGAAAAAAAUCUUACUAAAUUUAAAUCUUGGGAUUGGGUCUACGGAGAUACGCCUACGUUCACCAUUCCCAUGGAAACGGACGAUGGAACGGCUCUUUGUCUGCACUGCGCAAAGGGUCGUAUCACCAAAGUGGAGCAGACUGGAGGUCCAGUCAGUGACGUACCUCUUCUUCAGCGUUUGUCAUCUGCCAUAACCGGCAAACAGCCCACUAGUCCGUGGGUGGAUAAACUUAACGAGGCUCUUGUUGGUAGAAAGCUCGAGUUUAAAGAGAUUCAUAAAGCCCUACUCGAUAUUGAAAUGAAGUUGAGCGCUGAAUCUGGCGGCCCCAAGGAUCCCUAUGAUCAUGUCUCACAAAUUAUUGACCGCCUUCGCGGGAUGGCCACUUGUUUCUAG